CCUCUCACUUACACAGAGGGUUCUCUGAAACCGUACAUUGAACUUGAUAACGGCGACGAUGUCUCCCGGAGCCAAAACUGCGGUUAUACGAUGCUAUUAUUAUCCAGUUGCUGCAUUUCAGUUUGCCCUUUCACGGCGAAUCAACAACCUUCGUUCCUUAGGACGCCGCAACGUAUUACCUCCGGUCUCUCCUCUGAUCGUAUGAUCCUUCGCGCUGUUGGUGCCGCCGCCGUCUCCUCCUCCACUCUCCGUGAUCUCGUUUUCGUUGUAAACCCUCAAGGUGCUAAUGGUAGAACAGCUAAAGAAUGGAAGAAGUUGCUUCCUUACCUUCGUUCUCGUCUUGGUAAAGACUGUAAUGUAUGCGAGUCGUUAACAACGGGUCCUUCUCAUGCCAUUGACAUUACAAGAGAGGCUAUUAGGGAUGGGGCAGAUGCUGUUAUUGCGGUUGGAGGUGAUGGAACAUUGCAUGAGGUUGUUAAUGGUUUCUUUUGGGAGGGAAAACCUGUCAGUAGUUUCAACAGCGAAGCUAGUCAUUCUACUGCACUUGGUCUGAUUCCCUUAGGUACUGGCUCAGAUUUUGCUAGAACAUUUGGUUGGAACAAUGAUCCUUGUGAAGCUGUUGACCGCAUUGCUAAAGGGAUGCGAUCACGGGUUGAUGUCGGUGUUAUCGACAGCAAGGAAGGAAGGGAUUUGCAUUACUUCAUAAACGUUGCUGAUGUUCAUUUGAGCGCAAAGGCAGGUUUUUACGCUUCAAAGUACAAGAAAUUUGGAAACUUGUGCUACGUUAUCGGUGCUCUACAAGCUUUUAUGGGGCAUGAUAACCAAGAUAUGAGAAUCAGGGUCAAUGGAGGUGAAUGGGAAUUAUAUCCCCAGGUCACUGCUCUCUGCGUUGGGAACGCUAAAUACUUUGGUGGUGGAAUGAAAAUCACACCCAACGCUGUCCCUGGAAAUGGAAAUUUUGAGGUUGUGGUUCUGCAAGACUUCAAAUGGUAUGAUUUCGUACUUAAUCUUCAUAAGCUAUACAACGGGACGCAUCUCUCGCUUAACAAUGUGUCUUCAAGAAGUGUACAAAGUAUCGAAGUUGAAGAGAUUUCCGGCAGCGGAAGUAUCUAUGUUCAGUCAGAUGGAGAGUAUCUUGGGUUUCUACCUAGAAAGUUUCGGAUUUUACCCGGUGCCAUCGACAUAAUUAGCUGAUCAGAACCACAUAUUUCUUGGGAUAUAAGCUACCAAGAAAAAUGUAUAAAUACAUCAGCUCAAUUUUGUUUUUUUCAACUCAACUUGUUUUAAUCUAUAGAGAUUCUUGUUCUGUGAUACCAUUGAUUUGAUUCAUUGUUUAGCGAAUCAGAUAUUAA